UUUUUAUCAGCUGUGUAUAGUAAAGUGUGGCCUGCGGUUUGUUUAUUUACAUUACAUUAUUAACAUUGUUGGAACGUUCUAGAAUUAUUAAAUUUAGUAACCUUCUUACUUUUCAAAGUUAUUUAUUGACCUUUUAAACACGAAGUGUUAUCUGAGUAAUAUCAGUUAUUAAUUGAUUAUAUCAUAAGUGAUAAAUAAAUAAGUUGCUACCUAAACAACGAUGUCAUUGUGGCAGACUACAAAACCUAUAUUUGGAGACGAAGUAGUUCUACGUUCUAUCGAUUGGCUGGAGAAUUUUACAUGGAGGAACGAAUCAACGAUAAAGAAAGAAAAGGACAAGUAUCGGAUAAGUUUGCAAGCUAAAGAUUUCUCACCCCAACAGAUUACUGUAAAAACUGUGGAUGGGUUUAUUAUAGUGGAGGGAAAACAUGAAGAGAAAAGGGAUGAGGAUGGUUAUAUUUCCCGGCACUUUGUGAGGAGGUACGCCUUGCCGGAGGGCUGUCCACCGGAAUCUGUGGAAUCGAGUUUGUCGUCGGAUGGGAUUUUAACUAUCACAGCGCCUAGAAAACCGGUCGCCCGUCGGGGUACCGUCAUACCAGUUUCUCACGAAGUUUCCAAUGUUAUAUCCAAAUUGUAAACAGUGUAAAAGUAGUCCAAACUCCAACAAUUAUUGUGAUAAACAUAUUGUUAUAAUACCUACCUAAAUAUAAUUUUUAUUUUAUGUGAAUAAAAAAUAUAUUUAGUGUCAAUUUACAGCUAACAGUAUGAUGGCUAUGGAUAAUAAAUAAUAAUACCUAUAAUUAAAAUAUCUUCUUGAUUAUUUGUA